GUUCGCAGCUGACAACUGUUAGCCUGCUGUGUGAUUCAUGUAGUGAUAAAAGUACGCUAUAAAACAAAAUGUCAGAGCAAAAGAUGACAGUGACAGUUGCAUACGGAUCUACAAAGCACAGCAUUACAUUACCAGCUGAAGAUGAUGGCAAGAGUCCAACAGUCAAAGACUUGGCAGAUGCUCUCACACAAGCAACUGGAGUACCUCAAACAUCACAGAAACUGAUUUUCAAAGGGAAAUCCCUGAAGGACAUGGAGGAGAGCCUGACCAGCUAUGGAGUAAAAGAAGGUUGCAAGCUUAUGAUGAUUGGAAAGCGGAACAGCCCAGAGGAAGAAGCUGAACUUAAGAAGCUGAAAGACAUUGAGAAGUCAGUGGAACAGACGGCCAAAAAACUGGAGAAGGUUGACGGGGAGUUGACUGGACUCAAAAAUGGUUUCCUGGCCAAAGACCUCCAGGCUGAAGCGUUGGGUAAACUUGACCACAGAGUGAAAAUAGCUGCAGAACAGUUCAUGAAGAUCCUGGAGCAGAUUGAUGCAAUGAGUCUUCCUGAAAAUUUCAAUGACUGCAGAAUGAAGAAAAAGGGGCUUGUAAAGACAGUGCAGGAUUUUCUGGCCCAGUGUGACAAGAUUGAAGCUUGUAUAUCAGACCACCUAUCAAAGAUCCAGUCGAAAAACCUUGCAUUGGCAGAGUAGAGAGGAGAUACUAUGUGAUAAUCAUUGCUCUGUGAGCAAAAAUGCAAAUGUACAGAAAAUAUGGAGCAGCUCCUUGUCUAUUUAUUGUUGCUGUGGUGUGUAUGCAAGAGCUCUCAUUCCAGAUGUUGAUGCCAGAAAAAUCUCUGAUACUUUGGUUAAAAUGAAGACUGAAAUUAAGGUGUUUUUUUUUUUAACCACAGUUGCACUGUGAAAGUAUCAGAAGUGUGAUGCCCUAAAAGAGAACAAAUUCAUGAUCAUAAAACUGCCACAGUCCAAUGAUUAGUAGAAAUAUCCAUAAUGAUGUCAGUAAACUGGUUCCAGUUUAUCAGCUAAUACCUCACAAAAUGUACAAUGUAAGACAAAAUGUGUUGUCUUGUCAUUGUGGUAUUCCAACUGUUGAUGGCAGUUUCUACACUCAUGGCCAAAAGUAUGUGGACACCAACAGCUAGUUUGUUGCCAUCACAGUUUCUGUUUGAGUUUUUAAUUGCAGAUUUCAGACACCUUGCUGCUGAGAAAAUAAGUGAUUGUUGAUGUUGCUCUAACAAUGGGAAAUAAGGGGGAACUUGAACUCCUUGACCCAGCUCAGCCCAAAUCUUUAUAAUUGGGCUAGCAUCCAGUGAGAAAAAAACUGAUAUCAAAGUGUGCUUCUCAUUGGACAUUGUCCUGUUAUAACUAGGAGGUUAUUCCAGGUUCUUUCUUGAAGGCAUGUUAUUAGGAUGCAUGUAAUUAACUGAAUGGCAUCAGGAAAAUCUGAAACAAAUCAUUACAUGGAACCCAUGCCCAAAGCAUAUGUGCCCUAGAAGUACACAAUGCUGUUCAUAUUCUUUUGGUCAUCUUGUGUAUUUAUUUGUUUGCCUCCUCUUGUUUGACCUAGCAAUUGAUCAUCAUGUAACUUUGAAAAUACUGUGCACUGUGGAAUGGAUAAUACUUUUAACCAACACUGACAUAUCUGUUUGGAUUUGUUUUAAAAUAAAAUAUUUUUGAAAAUUUG